AUGGCGCCGAGUGUGGUCCACCUACCCAAUGGCCAAACCAUCACUGUCUCUCCCGUCUUUGCUGGCCUCUCCUUCAAAGCCAAUGAUCUAAACAUCCACCACUCCAUCUUUCCCCCAGGCUGGACUAUCAUCCUCGAGACCGCUGACGGUGACGGUGACGAUGACGAUGAUACCCAAUCGCCUCCAGACGAGAGAGAGCAGCUCUAUGGAUCAAGAAGACAUCCACCAAAGCGCUAUAAGGCUCCUACGCUACACCACGACAGUCUGUUCAUCUCCUCCAUCUCGAAUCCAAGCAACACAGAUUUCAAGCCCCCUACCUCUCCUACGCGACAGAUAGCUAUGAUGCUAUGGGCGACUUUAUGGUGGUAUUUCCAUCAGCCCGCACCGAAUGCGCGCCUCACCGCCGGCGCCCACCCAGAUACACCGGAAGAAGGGAGGCCGAAGGGUCAAUGGCGAGUUAGUGUCAGAAGAGAAGGUAUAUUCAAGGGGAAGCACACGCUGCAAAAGCUAGAGAGGAUGGGUCUUAUUGCCAGUGAAGAAUCCUGCGUUGGCGCAACCCUGGACGAGAGAAGCGGGGAAGGCUGGAAGAAGAUGUUCGUUAGCCAGACUUCCUUCUGGCAGAUCGAUCCCCGUAUCUUCCUCUUUACUCUCUCUCCUACGCAGCACUCGCCGUACCCAGGAGCUACACCCUUCCCGUCGAGACCAGGGUCACCUAAUAGAGAAGGCACUCCAGUACCUUCACCACGACCAGAGACUGCGGAUCCUUCACAGCAUGGACUUUGGUCACCACACUCCCCCGGGCCUUUCGCUUCAGGCAGCCAUCUCCCAACCUACUACCCUCCUCCACCUCCCCAGUACACCUUCACCAACUCGAUCCGUCAUCCGAUACGCCCAAAGCCUCCGGCCCAGGGCGUCACCUUCUAUACCCGCUACAUCCCGAGCGUAGGCCAAUACCUCUCAUUUCGAACGGCCUCCUUGGGUUCCAAGUCACCAAAAUACCACGGACCUACGUCAGGAGGCAUGAGUACCACCCUGAACUUCCUACCACCGAACUCAGGCGUCUCCUCAGCCACACUGCCGUCAUCAGGGAACAUCAACAUCCACCCCUGCGACACAGACUUAUUGCAUGACUGGAUGAACCAGCCGCGUGUUUCUGCGUUCUGGGGUGUCUCCGGCCCCAUCGAAACCCAAGAAACUUUCCUCAAGGACUCGUUAAAUAGCAAACAUAGCUUCCCCGCCAUCGGGUGCUGGGACGGCAAACCAUUCGGCUACUUCGAGCUUUAUUGGGUCAAAGAAGAUCAAUUGGGAAGACAUCUCACGGGCAGCGAUGUCAAUGACUGGGACAGGGGCUUCCAUGCUCUCGUGGGCGAACAGGAAUUCCGAGGACGGCACAGAGUGAAAGUGUGGACGAGUGCGCUGGUGCAUCACUUUUGGCUCUGUGAUCAGCGGACGCAGAGGGUUUUGGUGGAGCCGAGGACUGACAAUGUCAAAUUCAUCCAAUAUCUACAAGACGUCGGCUUUCAUAAAGAGAAAGAGGUGGCGUUUUCGCAUAAACAGGCCGCGCUGAUGAAGAUAGGUAGAGAUGGGUGGUCCGCCCCGGAACUGUAA